AUGACCAUGACUGCCAUCAAAGGUGGUGCCUCACUUCCAGAGGCGCGACAUGGGCGGAGAACUCCAGAGCAGCACAUAGCCUAUAACCUACUGAUAGAGCUUUUAACAUAUCAAUUCGCCUUUCCUGUACGAUGGAUCGAUACACAAAAGGAGCUUCUAGCUUCGAAUCGCGAAGUACAGCGCGUGAUUGAGAUAGGUCCUGCCAAUGUUCUGGCAAACAUGGCCAAGAAGUCGGCACAGAGGCUUGUCGGAGAACAAGACGUUGUGCAAUCCGUCGACAGGGAGUUUCUCAACAUCAACAAUGUAGACGACGCACGGAAAAUAUACUACGAGUAUGAUGAAAGCUCGUCACCAUCAGGGAAAGAUGUAUCCCUGUCUGAUACUAGAUCCCCAACGUCCGCCCCAGGCCCAGCAGUAAAAGUGGCUGCCGCACCUAUCCAAGUGACCGAGGCCGCUCCCGUCGCUAUCGUGCCAGUAGCAGUCGCACCGGAAACUAUAGUUGAUAAGGAUCUGUCACCAACCGAUAUCAUUCUCACAUUGGUGGCCCAGAAAAUUCGAAAGGCAUUUGACGAAGUGCCUCUAGGUGAAACAAUUCAAGCAUUGUCUGCAGGCAAAUCAACACUUCAAAACGAACUCAUUGGCGAUCUUGCUGCAGAGUUUGGAGAUCUGCCAGAUGGCAGUGAGAGCACUGCUAUAGACGCCCUGGGCGAAAAGCUCGCCUCUGGUUUCUCCGGGAAACUAGGCAAAUCAUCAAAACGGCUUGUAGAAAGGUUCAUAUCAUCCAAGAUGCCCGGCGGUUUCGGUCAGACAGAAUUGGUCACAUAUCUGGCGUCGCGCUGGGGUCUCGGGCCAAACAGUGAAAUAGCAGUCCAAUGCUUCUGUGUGACCAUGGAACCACCUUCUCGAUUGUCCGACGUAAGCCAGGUGCACGCAUUUCUUGACUCGGCAGUCGGUCGUUACGCCAAGCAAGCUGGCAUCUCGCUGCCCACGCCAUCAUCGGGUGGCGCCGCACAAGCAUUGCAGAAUGCCGUGGUGAAAGUUGACAGUGCCGAUCUUGAGGCGCUCAAGACUAGCCAAAACGACAUUCUGAGGAAACAACUCCAGGUUCUUGCCAAGCAUCUCGGCAUUGAACUCAACCCAGACGCGACAAAGAGCAGCGACGUCACAAAUGACCUUCGCAACAAGCUAGAUAGCUUCUACGCCGAGUUGGAUGAAGAGUUCCUUACUGGAGUCCAGGGCAUCUUUGAUGUCCAAAAGGAACGGCGAUACUCUUCGUGGUGGAACUGGGUCCGCGAAGAUGCAGUACAAAUGCUUCAGAAAGACGGCACAACAAUACCUCAGGAGCAGUUGCAAGCUCUGACAAACCGGUGGACUUCCGAGUUGGAAGACAUGCUACGAUAUUGUGCAAAGACCGGGUUGGCCAAAGAGGCUGCUGAAGAGCUCCUCAAGUUCAAGCCACACGCGCAGGCCGCUCCGCCAGUCUUCCGGUACUUUGAGACGGCCAAGGCGCCACACACAUCUGUCGACGGGGACGGCUCAAUCAAGUACAGCGAAACCGACCGAACGCACGAUUUAAAGGCAGGAACAACCUACUUUGACAUCGUUAGCUCUACGCGCCGUGGCGGGCCAUGCAGUAGCUAUGUCCAUUGCCUGAGCCGUGGAAACACGUCUUGGCAGUAUGAUGCCGAGCUUACAAAGAAGUAUCUCGAGGCUCUUUUUGUAGGCAACACGUCCGGCAUCACCUACGCCGGCAAGACGGCCCUUGUGACUGGUGCUGGCCUCGGGAGCAUCGGCAUCGAGGUGGUCCGCGGCCUGCUAUCGGGUGGAGCCAGAGUCAUUGUGACGACAAGUCGUACGGCUGCUUCUGCUGGUUCCGUCAUGUCUCAAUUAUACAAGGACGUGGGAGCCCUGGGUUCAGAGCUGGUCCUCCUGCCCUUCAAUGCCGCAAGCAAGAAUGAUGCUCAGGACCUCGUCGCGCAUAUAUACGACAGCGGCAAGGGUCUCGGGGCCGACUUGGACUUUGUGAUUCCUUUCGCUGCGAUUCCCGAGCCUGGUUCCGAGAUCGAUGGGAUCGGUCCACGUUCAGAGGUGGCUCAUCGAGCCAUGUUGACCAACGUAUUGCGUCUGAUGGGAUACAUCAAGCAACAGAAGGAGAAGCGCAAGUAUACUGGUCGCCCCACUACUCUGGUCCUACCGCUUUCACCCAAUCAUGGAGAUUUUGGCGGCGAUGGACUCUAUUCAGAGUCCAAGAUUGGGCUUGAGACUUUGUUCAACCGAUAUCACUCUGAGCGGUGGUCCGAUUACUUGUCCGUAGUCGGGGCCGUUAUUGGCUGGACUCGCGGAACCGGCCUCAUGAGCGCCAAUAACAUUGUGGCAGAGGGCAUCGAGAAGCUUGGCGUCAUGACAUUUUCCGCUGGGGAGAUGGCUUUCAACAUUCUGGCUCUGCUCCACCCCUCCAUUGUGAAGCAGUCGGAUCUAGGGCCUGUGUAUGCAGACCUCAGCGGUGGACUGAUGGGCUUUCCAAACCUCAAGGAGGAAAUCAUGGCCAUACGUGGAGACAUUACGGGGCGGAGGCGAGAGCGACAAGCCAUUGCGGCAGAGAGGCAGAUGGAGGAGUCAGUCCUUCAAGGCCCUACAGUUUCUUCAGCCAAAACCCAACAAAAGUCUGGUCAACCGAACAAACGUUCCAACAUCACUCAAGGAUUUCCGAAACUAUCAACUCAUCAGACCAUGACUUCAGGUCUACACAGUCUAGUCGGCAUGGUAGACUUGAGUCGCACAACAGUCGUCGUCGGCUUUUCGGAGCUGGGGCCCUGGGGCUCUUCGCGCACAAGAUGGCAAAUGGAAAGCCAAGGCACCCUGACACAAGACGGUCUGACAGAGAUGGCAUGGAUGAUGGGUCUAGUCAGACACCAUGAUGGCCUCAUUGAUGGGAAGCCAUACGUCGGUUGGCUUGAUGCCGAGUCUGGCAAGCCAGUACAGGAGGCAGAGUUUGGACCGCGCUAUGGGGAACAUAUAAUGAGCCAUUCUGGUAUCCGGGCUUUGGAGCCUGAGGGAAUCAACGGAUUCGAUCCGUCAAAGAAGGAACUACUCCACGAAGUAGUACUCGACCAUGAUCUCCCGUCAUUUGAUACUUCAGAGACGAUUGCGCAAUCCUUCAAGCUUCGUCACGGAGAAAAGGUGGCCAUUUUCCCAGCGGCAUCCAAUUCGGAAAAUUGGACGGUAAUUGUCAAGUCUGGUGCGACAUUCCUCGUUCCAAAGGCGACCAGCGGCCAUAAUUCCGUUGCCGCACAGCUUCCGAAAGGCUGGAACGCAGCUACAUACGGAAUCCCAGAGGAUAUUAUUGCUCAGACUGACCCAAUGACUCUAUACACCCUCUGCUGUGUAUGUGAGGCCAUGUUCAGCGCAGGCAUAGAAGACCCCUUUGAGCUAUACAAGUACAUUCAUGUGUCGGAGCUAUUGAAUUGCAUUGGCACUGGCGCCGGUUCCCUUCAGUCAAUGGGCGACAUGUACCGCCGCCGAUACCGCGAUGAGCCGGUGCAGGGAGAUAUUCUGCAGGAGACUUUCCUAAACUCCAUGGCGGCCUGGACAAACAUGCUUCUUUUCGGAGCUACAGGACCCAUCAAGACGCCAACCGGUACCUGCGCCACCUCUGUCGAAUCCCUAGACAAUGCUUGUGAGGGUAUCCGAUCCCGACGCGUCAAAGUCGCCCUGGUGGGCGGCACUGACGAUCUGAGGGAAGAGGUGUCGCACGAGUUUAGCAACAUGAAGGCGACAAUGAUGGGCGACGCAGAGUUGGCCAAAGGUUUCCUGCCCUCUCAGACAUCGCGACCAACGGCGUCUUCGCGUGCUGGAUUCGUCGAGAGUGGCGGCUGUGGUGUUCAAAUCGUGAUGAGUGCCGAGCUGGCUUUGGAAAUGGGACUUCCCAUCUACGCCGUCGUCGCCUACACUCAAAUGGCCGGCGAUAGCAUCGGCCGCUCCGUACCAGCGCCAGGCAAGGGCGUCCUGACUGCGGCACGUGAGCUCCCCUUGGCUAUACAAUCCCCGCUCCUAGACACCAAAUACCGCAGGUCGCGGUUGGAGCAUGAGAUUGCCACGAUUGAGCACUGGCGACUGUCGCAACUGGCGGGCACUUCGCUCACGGGCGGAGACCAGGACAGCCAUGGCCACACGCAGAUGAUUGAAUCGGCAUCGCGCUGCUGCAAGUUGGAUGCCCAGUGGAUGUGGAAUGGAGACAUUCGCCAGCUGGAUCCGUCCAUUUCCCCCAUGCGUGCUGCGUUGGCGGUCUGGGGCCUCACCAUUGACGACAUCGGCGUCGCGUCGUUUCAUGGUACCUCGACCAAGGCCAACGACAAGAACGAGAGCGCCGUCAUCAAUCAGCAAAUGACCCAUCUCGGUCGCACCUUGGGAAAUCCGCUCUUGGUCAUUUGCCAAAAGUACCUGACUGGCCAUCCCAAAGGUGCUGCAGGUGCCUGGAUGCUCAACGGCUGCAUGCAAGUGUUGGAAUCAGGACUGGUGCCUGGGAACAGGAAUGCUGAUGAUGUUGAUUCUGCGCUACGCUCGUUCCCGCAUCUCCUGUAUCCAUCCCAAGCACUGGAGCGGCCAGGCAUCAAGGCCUUUAUGCUCACGUCCUUUGGGUUCGGACAGAAAGGAGGUAUCGUGAUUGGGGUCACGCCGCGCGCCCUCUAUGCAGCGCUGCCAGCAGGCACAUAUGGUACCUACCACGAGCGGGUAGAAAAGAGAAGACGCCGUGCUGAUAGGGCAUUCCAAUUAGCCAUGAUGACCAAUACUGUCUUCAAGGCAAAGGAUCAGUCAGCUUGGACCGAGGCGGGCGAGUCGGCAGAGGAUUUCUUCCUCGACCCUGCUGCACGACUUCGUUGA